GGGAGGGUCAGAGGGAGAAGCAGAUUCCCUGCUGAGCAGGGAGCCCGAUGCGGGACUCGAUCCCAGGACUCCAGGAUCAUGACCUGAGCUGAAGGCAGUCGCUUAACCAACUGAGCCACCCAGGCGCCCCUCCAAUCCAUACUUUUAAUCUGGAUCACAGUGAAAUUGUUUGCUUUCCAGUUAAAGAUAUUGCCAAAAUCUUUCAAAGCAGAUUUCUGCUUAGAAAUUCAAAAGAAAAUGUUAAAUAAUAAAAAAUGCUGGCUUAUUAUAUAGUUUCUGACAGGCUCCAAUAUCCUGGGUGCCAGAAGAUAAUUCUAUCUCUGUUGCUAGUAAAAAGAGGAAUCUUGUAUACACUAAAAAUGUGAUAUUACAAGAUUCUAGUGUCACCUGUCAAAACACGAAUAUCUAAAAAAAAAAAAAGGAAUAUCUAGAAUGCAAAUUUUUUUUAAAGAUUUUAUUUAUUUAUUUGAGAGAGAAUGAGGUAGAGAGAGAGAGCAUGAGAGGGAGGAGGGUCAGAGGGAGAAGCAGGCUCCUCGCCGAGCAGGGAGCCUGAUGCGGGACUCGAUCCCGGGACUCCAGGAUCAUGACCUGAGCCGAAGGCAGUCGCUUAACCACUGAGCUACCCAGGCGCCCCUAGAAUGCAAAUUUCAGUAAGCACUCGAGAUGAAGGGCAAUCAGAAUACAAAAGCAGGCAAAAUCCACAUAAAUUAACUCCUACUAAUCUGAGAAAUCAAUGUAAUGUAUAUGUAAAUUGAAAAACACUGUCUAGCUAGUCAUUAGUUUCUAACUAAAUUAUGACAGGUCGCUUCAGCAUAUAUGUUCUCUUCCUGUGAUAUUUGUUUGUUCUGGCAAGACUCCAAGAAGCACUGGCCCCUGAAAACAGCUCAGCAAAAGACAGCUGUGAGGCAAUUGCUUCCGAUUUGCCAGAUAAUAAGUCCCAAGACUGCAGUCAUCACUAACAGGACAAGCACCAGAGUGUAGAUGUUCUUGUGAGAUUUUUUUUUCUGCCAGUGAAGCAGCUUGCUGUAACUGACCAGUGGCUUUGUCUGCAUGCAACUUGGAACUUUCCUCAUUGGCUUCUCUGCUGUCAUUGGGUCACCUUGGUCAUGGAUCAUCAUGGCCAAAUCUUUUUUUUUUUUUAACAUUUUAUUUAUUUGAGAGAGAGAGGGAGCAUGAGCGGGGGGAGAGGCAGAGGGAGAAGCAGGCUCCCCGCUGAGCAGGGAGCCCCAUGCAGGACUGGAUCCCAGGACCCCGGGAUCAUGACCCGAGCCGAAGGCAGACGCUUAACCGACUGAGCCAUCCAGGCGCCCCUAUCAUGGCCAAAUCUUUAGACAUCCGAUGGACAUCCAAAAUGUCAGCCUGCAGCUGCCAAAUUCCCCUUCCUCACUCUUUAGUAAGUUCUGGAUCCUGCUCUGUGAUGGCCAUCUCAUCCUCCUGGCUCUGCAUCUGGUUCCACUCCUCAUGGCUGUCAAAUGAGGGGAGCUGCUCUCUCUUUGCCUCUCCUCCACAGAGAGAGGAGAUCCAUCUCUCGCUCUGGCAAUAAGCUCCUUUUCCUUUUCAGACACUCUUCCCUGCACAGCCUGGAAAUCCUUUACAGCCCAGAGAGGUCAUUCAGGAGGCCAUCUUUCUGAAGUUCCAGUUUAGUGAUUCAUUUGUUUCCUUGGCAUUUGUGGAGUAUUGCAACUGUUGCAGAUUUUCCUCUGGUUGCUUGAGUCCCGCUUGCUUCCUAGUUGGCUCAUCAGAUUCUUUAUCUGAGCAGCGGCUCCGCAGAUUGGCUGGAUGUAGCUGCCAUGCGUCUGGAUGACUGUUGAAAUCCUGGAGCCUGGGGCUCAGAGGGCUCCAGGUUUGGUACAUGUCUAAGGGACUGUAGGACAUGGUGAGGAGCUAAGACCCACUGGCCCUGCACAGCAUUCCCUGAAGCAGCCCCGGGACUGGAUGCACAGGCCGAUGGGGAACUGGGAAGAGAAAGGGCUGCGGGAAGGGGCUGAGGCUGCCUGCACACUCGGUUUCUCUUUUCCAGCUGCCCCGGCCCUCCGCUGACCUCACUCUUGAUAUAAACAUCAUUUGGAAGGCGAUCACGUCCAGAUUCACAUCUGGACAAGCAUCCCAGCCUCCAGGGGGCCUCGGUAUUCUCACCGGCUGCGUCAGAUACAGAGGCGAGCCAGGAUGAUUUCUCAGCCCCCACUUCACCUCCCAUGGCCCGUGCUGACAAAGUUCCCCUUCUGUGGUGACCACAGCUCUGUCACACCCGGCUUCCUGUUGGGGCUUCCUUGGCCUCACCCUCCAUUCGGGCCAUUUCCUUCCCUGACAGAGGGACCCGAACCCGGGCUCCUGCCCUGGCCGGUGCAGACAUGGGGCCCCUGCUGCUGCUGUCCCUGCUGUGGGGGGGGUCCCUGCAGGAGGAUCCAGGGUUCGAGCUCCGAGUGCAGGACUCAGUGACGGUGCAGGAGGGUCUCUGUGUCCACGUGCCCUGCUCCUUCUCCUACCCCUGGAGCCCGUGGUAUUCCCGUGAGAAGCCCUACGUGUACUGGUUCCGGAAUGGGGACAGCCGUUAUCCUGUGGCUACAAAUGACCAAAGGAAAAUGGUGAUGAUAGAGGCCCGGGGCCGAUUCCACCUCAUCGGGAACCCCUGGGACAACAACUGCUCCCUGAGAAUCAGAGAGGCCAGGAAGAGUGACCAGGGAGUCUACAAGUUCCGAAUGGAGAGAGACAACGUGAAAUAUAAUUACAGAGAUAAGAAGCUGAUGGUGCAGGUGGCAGCCCUGACACAGAAACCCGACAUCCACUUUCCGGAGCCCCUGAAGUCUGGCUAUCCCACAAACCUGACCUGCAGUAUGCUGGGAUCCUGCGAAGAGGGAAGACCUCUCACCUUCUCCUGGGUGGGGGAUGCUCUUGACUCGCUGGACCCCCAGACCCUCCACUCCUCAGUGCUGAUCCUCACCCCGAGGCUGCAGGACCAUGGCAGCAACCUCACCUGUCAGGUGCACCUGCCAGGUCAGGACACCGUGGAAAGAACCAUCAGGCUCAAUGUCUCCUAUGCUCCCCAGAAACUCAACAUCAGCAUCUUCUUCAGCGAUGUUGCAGUCCCGAAGAUUCUGCAAAACACCUCAUCGGUUCUCAUCCUGGAGGGCCAGGCUCUCGGUCUGCUCUGUGCUGCUGAGAGCAGUCCCCCUGCCGAGCUGAGCUGGUUCCGGGGGUCCCCCGCCCAGAAUGCCACCCCCAUCUACAGGAGUGCAAACCUGGACCUGCCUCAAGUAGGGGCUGCAGAGGAAGGAGACCUCACCUGCCAAGCUCAGAACCCGCUGGGCUCCCAGCACAUCUCCCUGCAUCUCUCUGUGCUCUGGAAAUCGGUGUUCCUGGCAGGAGCCUUGCCUGCCGCUCUUGGAGGUGCUGGUGCUGGGGCCCUGCUGUCCCUAAGUCUGUGCCUCAUCUUCUUUUGCAUAGUAAAAGCCCGCAGGAAGCAAGCAUCCAGGAGUCGAGAGGGCCUGGGUAAUGAAGAUCCUGUCAUGGGUACAGUUGCCUGGGAUUCCAGGCGAAAGCCCAGGCCAGACAGCCCCCCAGCCCAAGUGACCCCUGUCAGGGAUGCCCCUCCCUCGGGGGACGAACAGGAGCUCCAUUACGCCUCCUUCAGCUUUCACGAGAUGAAGUCGAGGGAACCUGAGGAUAAGGAGGCCACCAGCACCAGUGAGUGAAUGAGAUCAAGACAAGCGAAUGAGGAUGGCUUAGAGCCCGGUGCUGGCCUGAGGAGUCGUGGCCCCUGGGGGAGAGGAGAAGUCCGGCACUAACUGGUGAAGCAUGUGGAGCCCUGUGUCAAUACAAACAGGAAGGACUUGCCGAGUGUCCCCAGGUAGAGCUGACUUGGGCUCCAACGUAGGCUGUCAAGCAAGUCACUUCAUCGCUCUGUGCCUCAGUUUCCCGUUCUGUAAUCAGAGAUCAUGCACCCUGCCUCAGAGGUGGCUGUGGCCAUUAAAGAAAUUAACAUGCAGAAAUCAACCAACAAAUGUCCUGUCUCACUGUGCUCAGUACCUACUGCUCUCUGAGGCUGGGGGUGACCAGGCCCAGAGCACAGGGUAGCAACCUGCGGGCGUCAUUCUCCUUCCCAGAGCUCUUCAAAGCCUCCCCAGGGAAAGACCAGCGUCUCGGCCUGGCGUUUGCUUCAUGAUACAGCAUCUUAUCAUCUCCGUGGAGUCUUCUCCUCAUCCCACUUGUACCUGUCAGUUCUUCCAGCACAUUCCUUACCCUCCCGACCAUCAAUCAGUCCCUUCCCUGUCUCGUGGAUGGGCCCCACAGGGAUCUGUCCAACAGCCAGAGAGCUAACCCCGGGUUUCCUGCACAAACCCCUUCAAGGUUCCCUAGCCUUAGACAAUACAUCACAAGCAUCAGCUGCCCCUGGCUUUUAAAGUCCAUUACGGCCCCCCUGUAGCUACUGUUGGAAAACAAACAAUGGGCCCAAGGUGGAGGCACUUGCCCCCACAACAGCAAACCAAGACUAAAGGCAGUUUCAACCUCUCCCAGAAAUGUGACCUUUAUUUUUAAUUUAUUUGACAGAGAGAGACACAGCAAGAGAGGGAACACAAGCAGGGGGUGGGAGAGGGAGAAGCAGGCUUCCCACGGAGCAGGGAGCCCGAUGCGGGGCUCGAUCCCAGGACCCCGGGGACCAUGACCUGACCGAAGGCAGACACUCAACGACCGAGCCACCCAGGCGCCCCAGAGGAUCUGAAAUUUCCCGAUCAGCACUGCUGAGGUCACCUGCAGGGUAAGAUCUUCCCCCGAAAAGAUGGCCCAAUCUGAAAAAAUCCUUUCUUUUGAUAACAACUCCCUUGCCCCACCCUCCUGCCUAUAAAAACUUCCCACUACGCGCAACCUGUCUCUUUACCGGAAGUCAGGAGUCAUUGAAUAAAGCCAGUUACAUCCUCAGAUUUACUCAGUGGAAUUUUUGGUCUUUAGCACCACUCAUCUGCACUUCUCUCCGCUUUCUUCCUUACAACCUCCAUGUUAUUCUAACCCACGGCUGUGCAGUUUGAGAUCCCUCCCUUGGAGGCUCUGCCUCUGCUUCCCCUGGCAGACACUGGCUGGGCCUUCACACCUGGAGUCCUUGCACACACCCCGGCUGAGAGCCUGGGCGGAAGAAAGAGCUUAUCCUCUCCCCUCCUCUAGAGUUGGACCAAUUUAUUUAUUUAUUUUUCUCAAGAAAGCACUAAAACGAAAACAGCCGAAACUUCCCUAGCAGCCCUGCAGUACCAGCGACCAAUGAGCUUUUCUGAUUGUAAGCGCCUGACAUUAGGCUUUUAAUUGAGGUACAAAACGGAAAUUUUUCUAGAAGGAGGUGGGGCAAGAAAGUUAUUAGCAAGAGAAAAGGAUCAGUCCAAGCUAGGCUGCUUUCCCUUCUAUGGGGAGGUGAAGGUAAGGGGUCUUUUCCUGCAGAUGACCUCCUCUUCCUUUGGGGGAUAGGGGGGCCCUUG